AUGCUCACUCGGCAUCUGCGCGCGGACGUUGUCAUGCUGCUAGGGCUGCUGCAAGGCGACACCAGAGCAUCAACUCCCAAGCCCGAAAGCUGUCUGGUGGCCAUGGUGCACGAAGCACCGAGCAAGCGCGACCGUGCAAGACAGAGACAGGACAAGACUCUCCCCUGGCCAGCCGGUGAGCCGGCUUCGAUCCUCUGUCUCGCGCAUGAGCGGCACAACGCCACCUCAAAGGAGAGUGCUACCGUGAACGGCAUAGGCUACUCUCAGGCGUCUCCGCGGAUGUCUGCCACAGAAUGCUACCGGUGCAUCAUCGGCGACUCUCUGCAUGAGAAUGCUACCUCUGAAGAGUCGAGUGACUACGGCAUCAACGGCAUCCGCGGUGAUCGUUGA